UGCAGGAAGUUUUAAAGUGAUAGUCACCUUAACAAAAUGGUUAUUGUCUCCCCAACUUUGUUUGCCCGGGCAAGAGGAGCCGACAGAUUUUGGAAGAGGAGGAGGAUCCUUGCUCUGUCUGCACAUUUCUUUGGCCGGAAGCAAAAUUGUUACAGCAUUGCCAUCAAAUAUGUUCAGCGUGCUUUGCGAUUUAGUACCAAAGGAAGAGCACUUAGAAAGAAAGAGAUGAAAAAUCUAUGGGAAACAAGAAUCAAUGCUGGCUGCCAAGAAUUUGGAGUGGAUUUCAGUCAAAUGCAUUCUGUACUGGACAACGCUGGUGUGGCUUUGGAUAGAAAAAUAAUACAAAACAUGGCAGUUUGGGAACCUCGGUCUUUUCGGGGUCUUGCAUUACUCACAAAAGCAAAGAUGUUUGAAAAUGGGUUAAACUCGUUACAAGGCCCUCCAGAUGGUGUUGUCACCCGUGGAAUGGUUUGAAUUGUGCAUGUUGUUUAAAUGUGUAUAGUGUAAAUUAUUUUAGAAUCUGUUUUUCUUUUGUCAAACUUGCAGUUCUCUUUAGGAAAAGGUAAUAUUUUAGGCUAGCCUUGAUACAGGAACUAAUGUUUGCCAAGGGCAGAUAGAACUGUAGUCUAAUUAAACUAUCUUAUAAUAUUGGUUAUAAUCAGCUGUAAAUAAACACUUUUUGAAAAAUAUAUAAUUUACAUGCUCCAGA